UGCUUGCAUAGUGCGUAUGGAGUAUGCCACCGGGCUACUGCCGCCCUGAAAAUCGGUGGCAGGCCACAAAUGACGGUCUUACUUGUUGACUCUUUGAGUCAAUUUCAAUAAUAAAUUGUCCGCCACCUUUGUCCAGUUGUCCUACGCCUCGAGGACCCGCUGGUGAAGCAGCCAUACCAGUGCAAAAGCUGCUUUGUGUUUUCACCAAAAACCAUUUACCAAGCAUAUGCACUAUGUCAUAAUCCAGAUGAUAAGAGUCAUCUGUGCCAGGGUCUUUGUCCUCAUCUGCCAUGACAGCCAUCCUUAGGCCUGGCCGUCAGCUCGCUUGCAGCUAAACGGCUUGGAUAUGGAUAGUACUUACCAAUUUCGCUCGGCGAAGAAGCUGAAUGGGCAGGAGGUAAAUGAGCACCGACAGCCGCAGCAGGAGAGGCCAACCGAUGUGGAGCGCGUGCGCCUGCUUGCGAAGCUAGCAUGGCCAUGUGAGCACCAUCGGGGCACCGAUCCUAGGCUUUCCGGAGAGUCGGAUGCCGCAGAUAAGGCUUCGCGACAGCGCCAACUCAUCGCAGUAUGGGCUGCCGAGCAGCGCUACGAGUCCGGCAACGAGUGGAGCGCGGUCGGACAGCUAGCAACCUACCUUUUCGCUAAUCAUCCGGACUUCUGGGGUCACGCCGGCGAUUGCAACCGACCACCGCUUCGGAAGUUCUUGAGUCAGCCCGAGAGCCAUGGCGUGUUUCGAUUGCAGCGCAAGACGCGCCCACGAGACGGAGCGCAGAUUGAUCUUUUCUGUGUGGACGAGGUCGCCCUGUUUGAGGCAGCAAGCACAGCGCAGCAGGCGGCGGCAGCCUCAGUGCAACGUACGGUAGCCGCGGCGGCAGCGGUGGCGACGGCGGGGUCAGCUGAACUCCUGGAAGAGCAGUUCGCGGGACUCCUUCGUCCGCAGUACAUGAGGCGGUCGUCACCCACGCCGGCGCUGGCAGUGGCAUCUGGGUUGGAUCCAGGCCCCUUGCAGUCGCAACCACAACACCGCAGUGCUGACAGAAGCGGCCAGGCACGCGGCGGCGACGAGCCUUCGACCAGCCGCCGCCGUGGCGCCGCCGCCGCCGCCGCCGCGGCCGGUUCGCACAACAGCGACGCCGACGACGCCAACGGCGACGAUCGGGGGUUGGCGAACGAUACCGCCGUAAACGUUCACGAGCUGGCGGAGGCGGUUUGGCCGGCGGCGGCGGCCGACGGGGACAUGCGGCUGUCUGCGACGCGGGCCGUACGCCGCGUGGUCGCCUCCUGGCUGUUCAGCAAGAACGCACUGGGGCAGCGGCAUGGACGGCACGUGAGCGCCGUGGGGGCCUACCUCCGUAAGCAGUACAGUGAGAUCUGGAUGGACGCGGCCGUCCGAUCGUACCGCAACCUUGCUGCCCUGCUGAACCACGCCGACAGCCACGGCGUCUUCUGCGUUUCCCGCUCUGACGAGGAGGAAAGCGCUGUGGUGCACUUGCAGCUUCAGGCCCUGCGCCGAGCUGCCGCCGCCGUCACCGCGGCGGCUGCGGCCGACGUUGCCCUCACCGCGCCAAGAACCUCCGCCGCCGCCGCCACCUCCUCCACAACCAACAGCAGUAGCAGCAGCAGGCGUUCCAGGGACAAGUCAAGGGAGACGCACUCGCAUGAGUCGCUGGCGCGUUCGUCUUCCUACACCGCGACCUCUGCACGGCAGCAGCUGGAGCAGCGGCAGCAGGAGCUGCAGCAGCAGCAGCAACAGCGGGGAGGCGCAGUUGCGGGGGCGGGUGGUCAGGCGGCCUACGACUGGAAGCACUUGGAGCGGGCGACAAAGCUGGCCUGCGAUGACACGAUUCGAGGCAGGCUGUGGCGUCAGGUGGCCUCCAUUCUAGCGCCCUUGACCAAAGGCCCCUUUGGACCUAGGAGCAUGCCCGCGACCGACCUGACCGCCGAGUUGCAGCUGCUGAGCCCCGACCUAGCCUCGGAGGCCGCCCGCUGCAGCGGCGGCAAGCUGCGGCUACGGGAGCUGCUCCAGGGUCCAGGCAGCAGCGCCGGCGGUGGUGGUGGAGGUGGUGGUGGUGGCGGUGGUGGUAGCGACGCAGGCAGCGAGGAGCGCUGUCCCUUCCUACACCUGCGCUGGUCGGAUCUGCACGGCGAGUCGGUCGUGCUGGACACGGUGGCUCUAUUCAAGGCCGCCACGUCCAAGAUGGCUAUAGGCGAGGCAGGAGGCGGAUUCGCCGCUGUUGCGCCUGCUAGCGGCAGCGGAGGCGCUGGCGAGGUGCCGUCUGCUGCUGCAUGCACACCCGUGCCCCGCAACAACAACAACAGGGACACAGCCGCUGCCUCCGUCUUCUCCCCAGGAGGCCGUAUCCUCCGUAGCUGCCUCCUGGAGGAACCGCAGCAGCCUCCUGCGUUGCCUCCUAAACUUGCUGCUGCUGCUGAUGCUGGUAUGCAACAACAGGAGGCGGGUUCCGCUGCGGUCACUCCUUUCGAAGCCGAGCUGCUCCGCCGCUUUCCCGAUCCGCCCAGCCCCGCGGCCUUGCCGGGGGCUGCAGCCUCUGCGGACGGUGCCGCAACUCGCGCCGCCGAACAUGAAUCACAGCUCCUCUUCGCGUACAUGAAGCGCUUCAUGGCCUGGACGCUGGCCCGAGGCCCGCAGCGGCUUGAGCACCUCUCCCAGGCACUGGGGGCGGCGAUGUGGGAUGCGCGGCACCCUGGCGAGCACGCCGAUGUGCACACCUUGUACACGCUGUGCCUGUCAGCACGGGACGUCUUCCAGUUAGAGCCCUUAGUCGAUGGGUCCUAUCUUGCCCGGCUGGUGUGCCCCACGCUCCUCGCGCUCUCCCAGCCCUCCUCCUCCCAGCCCAUGGAACGCCAUGAUGGAGGUCUCCCUCACCCGCAGCCUCGCCCCGCCCACAUCGCGCACGUCAGUAGUGCCGACACCCUCACUCACACUCAUGACAACGACAACGCCUCUGCCUUUCCAGCCGGCACAUCCGCCUUCUUGCCUUCCAACACCGCCUUCGGUACCAGCACCACUAUCCCGGGCAGCAGCCUCUACGUGGCGCAACCCUCACCAGCAGCAGCAGCAGCAGCUGGUGCGUCGACCGGAGAGCACCCGCACCCCGCACUCAGCCCGGCUGCAUCCUUCACCAUGCCAGAACGACCCAUGGUAGCAACAGCAACCGCAGCAGCAGCUGCUGCUGCCGCCGCAACCGCAGCCAUCGACCCGACGCGUCGCGUCAGUCACACCGCAGCCACCACCAGCCCACAUGCCCCGGACGCCAGCAACACGGCUCCUGGUUCCUCCGCUUCCUCCGCUGGUGGCGCAGCUGCCUCAGCCACCGCUGCUGCUGCUGCUGCCGGCCUUACCCCUUUGGAAGCAGCACUGCUACAGCGCUUUCCAAACCCCCCGCCCACGUCCUCAUCUCUACUACCCUCCUCCUCCUCAUCAUCAUCCCUGGCAGCUGACGUGGCAGCCGUCAAACGUGCCACCGUACAGCUGCUGGCGGCGGAGGAGCCGCCGCAUGCGCUGAGCUUCCAAGCCAUCGGACACCGGCUGCGUCAGGUGCUGGGCUACACGGUAGCGAAGGAGUUGGGCCAACCGCUGCGGCAGCUGCUGGGGCGCGACCCCGACGUGAUGGUGGGCGUGGAUCUGGGCGGCCCCUCCAGACUCGGCGUUCAGCUCGUGUGUCCCCAUCUCCUGCGCUUGGCUCGCGAAUCGUCGCUGCAGCCCACAAGCGGCAGCGGCAGCAACCGCCCGGCCCCUACCACCGCCUCCUCAUCCUCCUCCACCGCAACACGCAAGGCACGAGGGACAGCAACAGCGGCAGCAACGUCCACUACCGGCCCUGGAGCAGCAGCAGCAGGAACCCAGUCAGCCUCGCUUGGGGACUCGGAACAGCCGCCGGCUACAGCUGUGAAUGCGGCAGCCAUGGCUGCAGCUGUUGCAACCGCCGCCGCCACCUCCGCGGCUGUCAAGGCGGCUCUGGCUCGAGCUGCGGCCAUGGCUGCUUCCGGCUCAGCGGCGGCGCAGCAGAAGCAGCGGCAGCAGGCGCUGAAUGCGGCGGCAGCGGCAGCGGGUGAAGCACAGCCAUCGCGGGUGCCUAAGCAAGCGCAGCAGCAACAGCAGCAGCAGCAGCAGGACCAACAACAACAGCAACAUUUGCAGCAGCAACAAGAACUGCAACGACAGCAGCAACAGCAGCAAGAACACGAGGACCAGCAGGAGCAGCAGCAGGAGCAGCAUCGGCUGGUUCUGGAUCAGGAGCAACGGAAGCAGCGAAAGCAGCAGAAGCACCGGGAGCUGCGACGUUCCUACUCUGACACGACUAUUGCAGCUCCUCCUCCUCUCCUCGCCGCUGCCCCCGCAGGCCCUAUCCACAUCGAUUCCACAACAUCCCCUGCAGCACCUGCCGCUGCAAACGCUCCGCUCACCACGCUUCCUCUCAACCACCCAGGCUAUCACCAGACCAGCAACCAGCCCCAGUCCCUACCGUCCCAAUCCAACCCUGGUUUAGAGUCAACGCCUUCCGCCGAAUGCGCUGCCACCUUUACCCUUCCCGUUCCAGUGCCUAUCGCGGUGCAAGUUCCUGCUGCGCCGGCCGCCCCCUCCGAGGGCCCAACUGCGGCCACCCGUGCUGUGCAGCUCACCAACAUGCCGUCCGGGGGCUCGCUGGGCGAUUCGGCGAGCGCCGCUGCCGCCGGCUGCCCCCAUGCGGCAGGUCCUACCCUCCCUGCCGCCACUGCUGCCACUGAGAGCGUUAUUACCGCCGCAGCUGCUAUGACCACCGCCGUGGCUCCCGCGGCCUCCACCCACUUUGCAAGCACCACCGCUGCUGCCACCACCGCCACCGCUGCCGCCACUGCUGCCCCAAUCAGCACCACGGAGCCACCCACCCUGGAGGUCCUGUUGCCUCCUGACGGAGAGGUUGAGGGAGCUUUCCAACAAGGGCACACCUCCGCAGACAGCGCUCCUCCGCCGUCCUUCCCUCCCGAGCAAGUGCACAUGGCCCCUCAGCAACACCAGGACUACUUGGGCUUCUGCAUCUCCGAGCGAGAGAGCCAGAUGCUGCAGCAGCAGCAGCUGCAGCAGGCUGAGUGCCCUCCGGCACCCUCCUCCUUCCCCUUCUCCGCCGACAUCGCUUCUGUUGCCGCAUGCGCCUCAACCAGUGCGUCCACCGCCACCACCACCGUCACCUCCGCCCUGCUGCACCUCACGCAGGCCCUGCAUGCGGCCGCCCCCGCUGGGCCCGAGCCGCAGGAGGCGCAGGAGCCGCAUCCACUCGGCAUGCCGCUGUCCGCCGCCGCACCCACAGCUGAUGGCCCCCGGGCCCUGGAUUCCACCACCAACCCCAUGCAGCUGCAAGCCGACGCCAGCUCCUCAACCACCACCACCACCUCCUCCGCUACAUCUUUCUCCUGGGCGGCACUUGCAUUACGCACAUGUCACGCCCCAGCGCACAUCUCAGUUCCCGCUGUUCCCGUCAGCACUGCACCCACACCGGUGCCCGCGCCUGCGUCCGUCCUCCCCACGUCUCUCACGCCGGACUCACAUCCUCCUCCCACAGCAGAACAGCAGCAGCCGGUACCUCCUCCCUCCACCACGGUAUGGCCACUCGGCUUCUCCUACGCCGCGGCCGCAGCAGCAGCCCCUGCUGCUCCUCCCCCUCCUCAGCCCUCCUUCGCAGCACGCACUGCUGCCGCCGCUAACGCCCGUUCAGCUCCUAACCAACACCAACAGCUAACAUCUCAGCAAGCCGAGGAGGACGCGGACCGCCUCGCGUUCGAAUCAGAGCUCCGAAGACGCAUCUUCCCGGAGCCGCGCCUGCCCAGCAACACCGACCCGGGGGUCGCUGCCAACGCCGCCGCCGUCAACACCGCCAAGCGCACCUGCGCUCGCGUGCUGGCGCGCCGUACGCCGCCUCACGAGCUGCCGCUGCGGGUGCUGGAGUCCGUGCUGGCCAAGACCAUCACACAGCGGCGGGGGGAUUACGAACUGGAGAGUGUGCUUAGGUCGGAGCCGCGCGUAUUCGAGCUGUGGAAUCCCCCGCAGCGCCGCCACAGCAACAACCCCACCGUACGGCUGGUGUGCCCCGCGCUGCUGCUGCUGGCCCCGGGCGCACGACGGCAGAUGCCAACGCACUCCUCCGAGGACACCGCACCUCCUGGUGAGCAGCGCACUUCUGCCUGCCCGGAAGAGGAACCAUGGCAGCAGGGGCAGGAGCAGCAGCAGGACCCGGAGCAACAGCGGAGGAGAGCAUGCGAGCUCCAUGCGGCCGGGUACGGGUACGGGUACGGGUACGGGGGCGAGGGCGAGGAGCGACAUGUGGAGGCAUGGGAGGAGCUGGUUGCCGAGGCUUGGGAGCCCGAGCAGGACUCCUGGGGUGAGCUGCCGCUGCCGCCUGCCGCGCAACCCGAGGAGGAGGAGCAGGCGGAGGAGCAGGCUGCUCUGGGCCCUGGGGGGCAGCAGCAAGGGAGCGUAGAGCAGCCGCAGCUGGGGCUGGGGUUGGGGCUGGAGAUGCUGCCUGCUGUGGCCGGGUUGGAAGCGGCGGCGGCGGUGAUGGUGCCUCCGGAGGUGCAUUCUGCGGGGCCGCCGGCGGUGGCAGCGGGGCAACCGGCGCAAGCUGCAUGGGCGGGCUUUGGCGGCAUGGGGGCACCCCCACAGCUGCUGCCCGUACACUAUCAGCAGCCUCUUCAGCCGGAAGUCGAGGUUGAGGCCGAAGUCGGGCAGGACUCGGCGGUUGAGGACCCAGACAGUGCCAUGAUGCUAGCAUGGCUGGGGUCGCAGGCGCCGCCGCCGCCGCUGACGGUUGCGGAACCGGUCGCAGCAGCAGCGCCAGCGGCGGCGGUAGAAAUGCGAGCCAGUUGGUCGCAUCUGCGGGCUCCUGAGACCUCAAUCCCUGCCGCCACUCCGUCUCCAGAAGCCCUGGAGCUGCCAGCAGGCACUCCGGCAGCGGUGGCCGGCCCUGCAGCCGAAGCAGCACCGCUGCCGCCGCCGGCGCCGCUUCCGGACACCGCUAUCUUCUUCGUCCACAGCCCCGAGGACCCCGGCUUCGGCCAAAUGCUCCAACACUGCUACAGCUCGCCGCAAGUGGGCCUCGCGGUCAAAUACGCUGCGGGCAUGCCGGUCCUCGUCGCCCUGUACGCCCCGCCACUAGCCGUACCUCCUCCCGGUGCGGCCGCAGCUGCAGCGGCGGCGGGCACCGACGGAGGCCUCAGCAGCACCGCUGCAGCAGUGUAUCUUAUCGACUGUGCGGUGGGUGCGGGGGCGGCGGUGGAGGAGGCGGCGGGGGAUGCGGACGCCGCUGCUGCGGCUCUGGAGGCGGAGGCGGCGGCGGUGGGUGUGGUGAUGGAGGGCGUGCGGGGUCUGCUGGAGCACCCCGGGCUGCCCAAGGUGGUGUACGGCUGUGAACAGACGGUGGACCUGCUGGAGCAGGCCACCGGCGCCACCACCCAACCCGUGCUGGACCUGCGCCUGCUCACCGACGCGCUGCUAGCCCUGCUGCCGGCACCCCUGCCGCCGACCCCAGCAGUACCCCCGGCGGGGAGUUAUCCGGCGCCGCAUGAGGCGGAUGCCGCCGCCGCUGCCGCGCUGUCUCAGCUGCACGACCACGUGGGUGCGCUGCGAGGCGCGCUGGAGGAGCUGGGGCUGUGGAGCGACCGGCCCUGGCUGCUGGAGGCGUUGGUGGGGCGGCACUGGGGCGCGGAGGAGGAGUGUGUGUGCGCUGCUGCCGGCGUGGAUGACAGGUCCUGGCUGUCGCGGCCGUUGAGCCCGGAGCAGGCGUUCGCAGCGGCGGGCGCUGCCCGGCACCUGCCGGAGCUCUGGUCGGCGGUGGCGGGGGAGGCGCUGCCGUGGGUGGCGGUGUCGGCGGCCGCCCGGCGGUUGGACCUCCUACGUGCCGCCCGGUCUCGGCCUUAACAGAGGAGUUGUACUAUUGGCUCUGGUCCCAGCCUUCUUGGUUUCCUUGGUAUGUGUGCAAUUGUAGUCGCGAUUCUAGGUUGCUGCUGGCUGCUGCUGGAGGUUGGAAGCGUCGCCGAUGCUUGUGUUGAUGAUGCAUGGUUGUUUUGGCUCUUCGCGUUCGUAGACUACCUCUGUGUGUAUGAGGAGUCCGGUGUGGAAUACUUUCGAAAAUGUUAGGAAGAUAGGUAUCGUCGCUGCUUGAAUAGUCGCUGCUAGGGAGCACGUGGGUUAGUUGGAGCGUGUUGGCAUGUUGCGUGCUUUGCGCAGCGGCCUGUGCUCUGGUUGCCUUUGUAAGUUUCCUUCUGGUUAGGUCUGUUACCUUUCGAGGAUGUGCGUAAUGUUCGCCACGCUGCGACUGUCCAGUUUACCGGUGACUCAUGCGAGAGCGAAAUGCUAAUAAUCCAAAAUCUGUAAGCAGGAAGCGAAACGAGCUUUGCAUGUCUGCAUGAGCCAGGUGCAGCCUUCAUCUACAGUACUGUAUACCGGUACACGAUUAGUGGUUUAGUAAUUCGAGGAUGGCAGUACUGAAUGAUUCCAAAUCAAGUGGUGCAGUGUCAUAUCAAAGUUGGCUACCUGUGUUUACGUCCACUUUGGUUACGUGCUUACGAGGGAGUAUAAACUGUAUAACUUAAUUUGCAACUACCGAUACAACAUUUGUAGCUUAGCCCUCUCAGCGUUAAUUGUUGUACUGGAAGCAGCCUUUGCACUUGUAAUGCCCAAUCGAUUAGGAACGUCCAUAGCAUUGUUGCGUUUUUCAGCGUUAUAUAGCGUGCUGAAAUGUUAGCGGCUGAAAAAUAUUAAUGCCUCUGUAUGUGCCGCGGCCAUUGAUCUUAUCUGGAAACACUCUCAUGCAGCAAAGCACCUAUCGUACGCACUGGAGAUGGCAAGGAGGGCUCUUGGCCCGAAGCCUGGCAGCGCGCUCCAGCGAGCUUUGCAAACUGGGCUUGUUGACUUGCUUCUACACUAUUCAUGCAUGGAAUGUGUACCAUGAACGUAUCUGUGGUAGAAACGUUGGCUUGGAGCCCGCGCUGUAUCCCUGCCCACCGCAUCCAGCAUGGCGCCGUCUUUGGUACCAUGCAUUGCGCCCGGGACACCUUUGCAUGGAAGCCUUCUUUCGAC